AUGUCUGCCUUAACAAGAAAUUCAUCUAAUCCACCACCAUACUUCUAUGAUUUAAAUCCACAACAACAAAAGAAUUGGAUGAAAACUACUCGUCGAAUGGAAAAAAACGAAGAACUACGGGCAGAAUAUCCGCCUUUUCAAUCACCAUCAAAUUUUACAAUUAUUCAUCUUCACCAUUAUUCAUCAAUCGAAACAGUAGAAGAAUUAAUAAUGAUGGCAAAAACAACACAUAUAUAUACAAUCGACACAGAAUCACAAGUAAUAAACAAGGUAGCACAAGGUGCUCUUGUACAAAUUCAAUUUAUUCAUUCAAUUCAAGAAUCAACAUUAGUAUUAAUUGAAAUGUUCUACUUACCAAAUCAAGAUUCAUUGUUAUUCAAGAAAAUCAAGGAACUAUGUUCAAUUAUAUUUCGUGAUGAAAAUAAAAAAAUUACCUGGGGACCAUUCGACAAUGAAUUUAAAAAUUUUCAUUUAUAUGAAUUAUUUGAAAAAGGUAAGAUUAAAAAUACAAUAAAUUUACAGGAUCAUUUUAGUGCUUGGUACAACAAACCUCCAAGUAACACGCAUCCUGUAAAGGAAAGUCGUGAGGAGCAAACCACCUGGUCCUUACAAGAUGCAGUUAAAAUAGCUUUUCAACAAUUCCUGGACAAGAACGAAACAGUUAACAAAUGGCGUUGUGGUUUAGAUUCUAAACUCAAUACAUGGAAGAAAAAAUUAUUUAGUAAAAAUCAUUACA